AUGUUAUUGUAUUUUGCAGAUCCGGAGGCGGACGAGGCUUCAAUUACGGAGGAAGGCAUCUUUGCGCUGUGUGAGGCACUGGAAAUUGACUCCCAGGACCCCGUGAUGUUGGCGCUGAGCUGUGCGAUGGAGUCGGAGAUGAUGGGCGUCUACACGCGCACCGAGUUUCGACGCGGAAUGCUCAAGCUGCACUGCCACUCGAUCGAGGACCUGCGUGCCGCAAUCCCGACAUUGCGAAACCAGAUGCGUGAUCGUGCGCAGUUCGCCACUAUUUAUUCGUUCACGUUUGGCUUCUCGAAAGACCCAACACAAAAGAGUUUGGCACUGGAGCUGGCCGUGGGGCUCUGGGAUCUGCUGCUCCCUGGACACUUCCACUGGCGCCGUCACUGGCUGCAGUAUGUCCGCAAGAACUCGCGUAGCGUUGUAUCGAAAGACUUGUGGCUGCAGGUGCUGGACUUCGGCCACCAGAUUAAGCCAGACCUAAGCAACUACGACGAGAACGGAGCGUGGCCAGUGUUGCUAGACGAUUUUGCCGCACACAUGCAGGAGCUCAUUAAUGAGAAGGGGCUAGCUGCUGUGCAGAACGAAGAGAAGACCAUGGAUGUCGACGAUGAUAAACCUGAUGAGGCAGAAAACAUGGUCGUGGACGACUGA